AGUACGCCUAUCGCACCGCAUCGCCUUAUGCUCGCUUUCUUUUGGCAUACACACACUCAGACACAUACAUACGCACCGGUGACUGUACUUCGCAAUGCUUUCCCACUGACAUUUGACAAUUCGGUUGUUGUUUGCAGUAACCUAACUAAAAACAAGCGCGUUCGCGUCAAUUCAAUCGUAGUCACAUCUGGUUUUUACAUUUUCUGUUUGAAAUACGCACAUUUUGUUGGAAAAAUCAUUGCAAAAAUACUGUCUUUGCGACAAAAAGAUUCUUUUAAACACGAAAAAGAAGAAAGAAUUCAGAGAAAAUGACAGAGGGUCAAAUUGAAAUUCGCGAUGUGACUCGCAUCGAACGGAUUGGAGCACACUCACACAUUCGUGGAUUGGGUUUGGAUGAUGUGCUUGAGGCCAGAUCCGUUUCGCAAGGUAUGGUCGGACAAAAAGAUGCUCGUCGAGCUGCUGGAAUUGUUGUGAAUAUGGUUCGUGAAGGGAAAAUUGCUGGUCGAUGCAUUUUGAUUGCUGGCGAACCGAGUACUGGUAAAACAGCCAUCGCAGUUGGUAUGGCAAAGGCCAUCGGUUCCGAGUCCCCAUUCACGAGCAUGUCCGGAUCGGAGGUGUAUUCAUUGGAAAUGGGCAAAACAGAAGCAUUAUCACAGGCGCUGCGCAAAAGUAUUGGUGUUCGCAUUAAAGAAGAGACGGAAAUCAUUGAAGGUGAAGUGGUUGAAAUCCAAAUUGAUCGCCCGGCAACGGGAACGGGUCAGAAAAGUGGCAAAGUCACAUUGAAAACGACGGAAAUGGAAACCAACUACGAUUUGGGUAAUAAAAUCAUCGAAUGCUUUUUGAAAGAGAAAAUCCAAGCCGGUGAUGUGAUAACCAUUGACAAAGCAUCGGGCAAAGUGACAAAACUUGGUCGAAGUUUUGCACGUGCCCGUGACUACGAUGCAACCGGUGCACAAACACGUUUCGUUCAAUGCCCUGAAGGGGAAUUACAAAAGCGCAAAGAAGUGGUGCACACGGUGACAUUGCAUGAAAUUGAUGUCAUAAACAGUCGUACGCAUGGAUUUUUGGCACUAUUUUCGGGCGACACCGGGGAAAUCAAGCAAGAAGUACGUGAUCAAAUCAAUAACAAAGUGAUGGAAUGGCGUGAAGAGGGCAAAGCUGAAAUUAAUCCGGGUGUGUUGUUCGUCGAUGAAGCGCAUAUGCUGGAUAUUGAAUGCUUCUCCUUUUUGAAUCGGGCUCUCGAAAGCGAAAUGGCACCGGUGGUUGUGAUGGCCACAAAUCGUGGCAUCACCCGAAUUCGUGGCACAAAUUACCGUGGACCACAUGGUAUGCCAAUCGAUUUGCUGGAUCGUAUGAUUAUCAUACGUACAGUUCCAUACUCAAAGGCUGAAGUGAAGGAAAUCCUGAAGAUUCGAUGCGAAGAAGAAGACUGUCAACUGCAUCCGGAUGCAAUCACCGUUUUGACACGUAUCGCAAAAACAAACAGUCUUCGAUAUGCCAUUCAAUUGAUUACUACCGCGAAUUUGGUGUGCAAACGUCGCAAAUCCACUGAAGUCAGUGUUGAAGAUGUUCAAAAGGUGUUUAACAUGUUUUUGGACGAAAAACGAUCAAGCCAAAUCAUGGAAGACUACCAAGAUGAAUAUCUAUUCAGCGAAAUAACGCCGACAAAAGAGGAUGAUACACAAAAAGAUGCCGACAAAUCCGAAGAUGACAAAGAUAAAGAUACACCCAUGGACAUCGGCGACAAAUAAAUCCACUUACAAAUUACUCUCUCACUCAUUCUCUAUUCAACAAUUCCAAUAAUCGGUUGCUUCAUAGGCUCUAGAUGUUUGCAUUUGUCAUAAUAAUAAACUUUAUUGAAAGAAAAACCAGAAAAUCAAAUAAAAACAUCAACAUUGUAUAAGA